GCACUUUGGUAGUUUCCAAGGGGCCAAACAAAACGCAGUAUUUUAAUGUUAGUUAUACUAGAUUCGUAUAAACAAGAAUAAUUUAAUUUGACAAGUGAGAGAAAGUUAAAAAGAAAAAAAACGAGAACAAUUUUGAGGAAAGGUUCAAGGGGAGGGAAGCAGCCAGCUGGAAUGAGAUGAAAGUGUAUUUCGGGAUUUUCCAUUACUUUCGCUUUUGAGUUAACAUUUUAUUAUCUUCCUAUCCUUGUUUUCCCAGAAAAAUUUCAAAGUUGCAGAAUCAGAGUCCACGUAUGGGGGGAUAAGUUGAGCAGAGACUGUGAGAGAGAUCCAAUUCUAUUUUACAUCCCUUGGCAUACUUAUCGUGUCCGUGUCCUUUUGCUGCUUAAUUCUGGGCAAUGUUGAUCUAUGACGGCCAAUAUUAGACCUGUAGGCCUAAGGUGCGUCACCCUUUAUCCCCUACAGCCUCCGCCUUGUCUGAAUUCCUCGAUCCAACCCUCACUUCCUGUCUUUUGCAAUAUCAAUUCUGCUCUGAUUUUCCUAUAUUUGCUCCGAUUGCGCCACUUGUGGAAACUCAAGCUUUUGGGUGGAAGAGUGAGCUGGAACGAAGAAAACAGUGACUGCUGAUCAUCAGAUGACUUGGUUAUUAAAUUCAACAUGUUGUACAAGAGCUUGGAUGCUGAUGGUGAGGAAAACCGGACAUGAAUUUAUGGGCUAAUUUUCUGUUGGUACUUCUUCACCUAGCACUUGAUUCACAUUCUUUGAGAACACUUGAUAGCUUGUGCAACUGAUAAACUGUUCUAAUGGAACUAAAUAAGCCGGAAAUUUUGUUCGUUGCCAACCCUAGAAGGGCUCCAGGUGUGUUUACUCAAUACAUACUUGCAGAAUCAGCAAGCGAUGUUUUAAAAACAGGUCAGGAUUUACAUAAUGACGUCUUAAUACAGCCGGGGAAAGAAUUUUCUGCAGAGUUUGGACAUGAAGGAAUUGCUCAUAGAAGAGAACCUGCUGCCCCUGAUUCACUUCGAAAGCAUGAAGUUAGGUUUGGAUUUCACGGGGAGAAUGGCCAAGUGAGAUAUGAGGAUCUUACUAAUAUUCUGGGAUCGAAGAGACUGGACUCUGAGAAUCCUUUUGAGAUUGCUGAUCUUAACUUCACAAGAGAGCCAACUCAAGAGAUGGAAAAUGGGGCUUUCGUUGAUAAAAAUAGCAAAAGUCAAAAGGAAGAUGGUAAUGUAACACAAGGAGCGAGGAAGACUCUUGGUGAAUCAGUUGGUGACCAAGCUGAUACCGGAGCACCUGGGUCUCCCUUCCUUAGAAAAGAAUCCUCCUAUUCCAAUGAAGUUUCUGGUUUAGGAGCGUCAGAUGAUUCUCAAUCUGGAAAAAUCAAAUUGCUGUGCAGCUUUGGUGGAAAAGUAUUACCAAGGCCCAGGGAUGGGAAACUCAGAUAUGUAGGGGGAGAGACUCGCAUUAUAUCUAUCCGAAAGGAUAUUUCAUGGCAAGGGCUUCUUAAGAAGACCCUGGGUAUUUGCAUUCAGCCUCACUCAAUUAAGUACCAGCUUCCAGGUGAGGAUCUUGAUUCUCUAAUAUCUGUCUCCUCUGAUGAGGAUCUUCAAAAUAUGAUAGAAGAAUACCAUGGGCCUGAAAGGCAUAAGGGAUCUCAAAGACUUCGAAUUUUCUUAAUUCCCUUGAGUGAAUCUGAAAAGGAAUUGUCAUUUGAAUCAAGAACUGAUCAGCAGAGUAAUCCUGAUUACCAAUAUGUUGUUGCUGUGAAUGGCAUAGGGGACUGUAGUCCAAGAAUAAAUAGUUUAGGGCAGAUCUUGACAAAUGAAGUUGGUCCACCAGGAACAGAUUUGAAUUUUGCUCCAGACUUCCAGAAAAUAUUUCCAAAUGCACCUUCUUCAGAGAUCAAGGGUGGUGGUAUUGCUAUAUAUCCAAAUGGAUUUUUUAAUGAUUCUCAGAAUCUGCAGAGGACCUCCAAUCAACAUCAACAGAUUUCUUCUACUCCAUUUCAGGGAGGAAAUUUGAGCACAAUUUUAACACAGUCUCGUGGUAAUAACUCAUGCCAGGAAAGUGCUACAAGCAGCUCAUCCUUUAUUACUGCCCAACUAUCACCUGAGACGUCCAAUGUAAGUGCUGCUGAUAGCAGAUACUCCCCACAAAUGGCUGCAACUUUCCUAAGCGACAAUCAACCCUGCCAACAAACUGAUAUUGGUCUGCCAGAGCAGUACUGUGGGAAGCUAUUCAGAAAUAAUCCCGGGAAGGAAUUUAUGACUGCUUUGUUUGCUAAUCAAAGUGACAGCUGUAAUGAUGAAAUUUUGGGUGAAGGGUCCAUGCAUAAAUCGGGAAAUCCUCUUUCCAGCCUGGGUGAGUCAGUUAGUCCACAGUCUGGAUCUAAUUGCAUUCCUGAUUCUCUAAAUGGGAUACCUCAUGCAUUUUCUGAUUCAAAGUUGCAUGAGAGUGGAUUUAAGUCUGGUUACUGCUCUCAAGAAGGGAUUGGUCAAUUUUCCUCAUUGAACCUUUCAAUGGCUCAGUUAUCUUCUAUGGUACCCUCUAGUGUUUCACAAAGGGACCCUAUGGAAAUCCAGCAUGAUCCUCUUCUCGUUUAUCCACAAAUACAAAGUAAGAUGCCAAUUGUGGAGCCAGGUGAGUCUCACGGAAGGCAGGAUUUUCCAAUUUCUUUACCGUCUACAGUAUGUUUAGGAGUGAAUGAUCCUAUUCAGAAGGAUAGCAUUUUAUACAGUAAGAGGAAUCCUUUAGCUCAAACUGAUUUAACUGCAUCUAUCUUUAUGGAGCGGCAGUGUGGGGACAAUACUGUGAAUAUAGAAAUCAUGAAGAGAAUGGAAGAUGAAAAUUCUCUUCAGAGUAAGGAUAGCAAUCUUUAUGAGAGGGAAUCACCUGCCAUUGCUAUGGAGCAUGUGAAUGAAUUGCAUCUUCUGGACUCUUCUCCAACAUCUAAUUUAAACACUAAGAUUCAUAAACAAAAUCAGUUGGAGCAAUCUUCUGAGGGUAUGGUUUCUGCAUCCUUUUGCUUGACAGGAAUUUCCCAAAAUAAUCUGAUUGAGAUGACCCCAUCAGAUUUUCUUGCAAUGAGCCACAGGACUAAUGAUGGAAGGGAAUGUGGUUUUACUGAAGGUUUGAAUGGUGAGCUAGGAUUUGAUUUUUCUUGGACCAGAAAAUCUGGGUUUAAUGCUUCAUCUCUAAAAUGCGAAGGAAACUCUAGUGGUAACACUUCUCAAAGUAAUCAUUUGUUCGAGCUGCCGAUGGACCUGGUUUCUCAUAAACAAGCACAAGUUCAACCUUUACGGAAGGAUACAGAUCUCUAUGGAAAUCCGACAGUAAGCUCAGGUUUUUUGUAUUCUUCAGCACUUCAUGAUGACCCUGGUCCUAGUUCAAAUUUGCCUGUGAAUGAACUACAGAACUCAAGCAAGAAUAUUGUGUUUAAAAGAGUAUCUUCUCUCAUUGAUGAUGACCUUAUAGCUAGUUCUAGUCAAAUGGUUGAUCAGUAUAGUUGUGGAACUCUUGCCUGUGAAACAAGAGUUGAAGAUAUCAUGUUGGAGCAAUCAAAAAUUUUUGAAAAGAGUGACAACUCAAAUAAAAUUGAGCCGCUUAUUACUAUAGAAGAUGUGACCAAUGUUGUUCCUCCAAGCAUUGAGUCUUCAUUGGCGCCCAUCCAGCAUAUAGUCGUUGAAAUUGGAAGUGAUGUUUUAUCCCCAUCUGCGGCAGAUUUGGAGAGCACUAUUCCAGAUUCUGAACUUGAGGAUUUUAAAGAUGAAGAAGGCAAGAAUGAAUCCCUUACCGAUGCAAGGGUAGCAGAAAUGGAAGCCAGCAUCUACGGCUUGCAGAUAAUUCGAAAUGCUGAUCUCGAAGAACUUCGGGAGUUAGGAUCUGGUACUUAUGGAACUGUUUAUCAUGGAAAAUGGAGGGGAACGGAUGUUGCUAUAAAGAGAAUUAAAAAGAGCUGCUUUUUAGGAAGAUCUUCUGAGCAAGAACGAUUGACAAAAGACUUUUGGAGAGAGGCACAAAUCCUCUCAAAUCUCCACCACCCCAACGUGGUGGCUUUUUAUGGGGUUGUACCAGACGGAGCUGGAGGAACCUUGGCAACUGUGACUGAGUAUAUGGUUAACGGUUCCCUUAGACAUGUCCUUGUCAAGAAGGAUAGAUUACUUGAUCGUCAUAGAAAGCUAAUAAUUGCCAUGGAUGCAGCUUUUGGAAUGGAAUACUUGCAUUCAAAGAAUAUUGUUCAUUUUGAUUUGAAAUGUGACAAUUUACUCGUCAAUCUGAGGGAUCCACUGCGACCCAUAUGUAAGGUUGGAGAUUUUGGAUUAUCAAGAAUUAAACGCAAUACCCUGGUAUCUGGUGGAGUGCGAGGAACCCUUCCUUGGAUAGCACCAGAGCUGUUAAAUGGCAGUAGCAACCAGGUUUCUGAGAAGGUUGAUGUUUUCUCGUUUGGCAUCUCUAUGUGGGAGAUAUUGACUGGGGAGGAACCUUAUGCAGAUAUGCAUUGUGGCGCUAUUAUAGGGGGGAUUGUAAAGAAUACUCUCCGACCACCAAUUCCACCACAUUGUGACCCUGAAUGGAGGAAGCUUAUGGAAGAAUGUUGGUCACCUGACCCUGAUAGCCGACCAUCUUUUACUGAGAUAACGAGCCGACUCCGAUCAAUGUCUAUGGCCCUUCAAGCUAAGCCUCAUAAUCAGGUGCGGUAGACGACACCCAGUGUUCAGUCAUGAAACCAAGGGAUGCUUUACUCUUGUUUGGUCAUCCUUCCUCAGUCGUUGGCCUUUAUCUCGAAGCACCGUUUAUUGAGGCUGGCUUGAAUUCUUGAAGGGUGAGCACGAUUACUAGCCUGUUGUUUCUCUUUUCUGUUGGCAAUAUCUUCAUUUGUUUAUUCUUUUAGUGUAAGUUGAAAUUUAGAUCAUGGUAUAAGUUGACUGUAUCUAUCAAUUUUCUCCUUGUUUCAUGAUCGAUUAUUCUACCAGAUGAUAGUGGGGAAAAGCAGGGCGUCUUUACUGUAUAUACAUCCAAAAAUUGCUUGUAAGACAUACAUACAUGUUUUACUUGACUGUGAGCUUGUAAAUCCUUCAAAUUUUCGUUUAUUUUUACUGAAACACGUCCAUUUUCCCCAUUUCCCUUAGUCUUGUUUGUCCAUGUUAUGGAACUAAAGGCGAGAAUGAUCAAGUUUAGUUUGAGCUUGCU